AGCUGCGCACUUCCCCGCUCCGGGGUCAUCUUUCAAUGGUUAUCAUUUACAGUAUGGAGCAUGUGGUGAAAAAAAUGGAACAUCAGGGAAAAGUCUCGAUAAUUAUGUUAGCUCCAUUAGCUCUUUUUGGGGUAAUAUAAAAAGGAAGACGUAAAACAACAAUCAUAUGCCAAGAUCCCAGGAGAUCGAUCGAGAGCCGACGGGCAUUUACUGUAGGAGAGCAAUAGGCUUAUUUAUAUCCUCAAGGUGAUCCGCCACGAGAGGUUCAAGUAUACUAAGAAGAACAUGGAAUUUGUAAACUUUGUACCAGUUUUACAGUAUUCUGUAGAAGAAUUAGUUACCCAGAAGUCCAAACUGUGCGACUCGGCCAGAGUCACAACCUCGGACAUCAUUAACAGGGCUGCACUUUUACACGAUGCCAUUGAUAAGGUCAAAGAAAGCCUUCUCUUAAAAACAAAAAGGUUUAUGGAUAGUGAGUUGAAGAAGAUGGAAUUCCAUGAAGGGGAACUAAAAACCUGGAUCUCUUCGUUGUCUUCUCAAAACGAUGUAUCAAAUCAGAAUGUAGUCGAGGUCAAAGAUGAGAGUAUUGGCAAAAUUCAGAAUGGUGAUAGGAAACUAUCUUUUGCGAGGUUACAGCAGCUUUGUGAGAUCCAACAUAUAAGUUUGUACUUCAAAAGCGGAGAAAUUGUCAAUGAAUCAUUUGUGAAUUCUUUAUUUGGAUCGGUACAGAAUUUCAGUAUCACACCUCCUUCGCCCAUUCGAAAGAAUAGACGUGACACUUUUCCAACAAUCGGUGUGGAAUUAAAGACUAAAUUUAAAUGCAAGGGCACCACUGGAAAUAUCCACGCCAUUGCUCCAAUAUCGGAGAACGAGGCGUGGAUAUGCUGUGGUUGGGGAAGCAAGGAAAUGGUUCUCUAUAAUUUGGAUGGGGAGGUAUUAGUGUCUGUGACAUUGGAUAUUCCUAUUGAUCAUAUUGUGUCAACUCGAAGUGGGAACGUUUUAGUCUCUAGUUACAAUGGUAACUCAAUCUGGUGUCUUGACGAACAACUAACUGCUACAAAAUUUGCGACCUUGUCUUUUGUUCCAAGGGGCAUGGCCGUAACGGAUAGCAAUGAAAUAUAUGUCUGUGGUGUAGAAAGAAACCGACGACAUUUGAUCGCCAAAUUCGCUGCAGACGGCACGUUGCUCUCGGACAUCACUAUUUCUCCGCACGAUCCUCAUCGAAUUGGAGUAAUAAGCGAAGACAAAUUAUGUUUUUCAGACUACAGCAAAAACAAUCAACGACAGCUUGUAAUUAUGGACAGUUCCUGCAAAGUAUUACACACGUACAAUGGAAAAAAUGAACCGAACAUCGAACUGGAAAACCCUUUCUAUCCCCUCGGUACCCAAGUCGACCAAUACGGCAAUAUUAUUGUGGCGGACUGGAAUAAUGACCGUGUCCACUUGCUGGACACUUCUGGACACUUUUCUCAGUUCCUAGUUAAAUCAGGUUGCGGUAUAGAACGACCUUGUUCGUUAGGAUUAGAUCGGGAUGGCAAACUCUGGGUUGGAAACGCAACAGGACACGUGCAUGUUUUCAGCUAUUGCAACUGGUUGACUUGAUUCUUUAGACAUCAUCCACAUUUAACAAAAAAUGUUUGAAGCACUUAUUUUAUUUUAAUUUGUUGAUUGUUGAGUACAUUUUAUAAAAACAAAUCCUUAACAUACAA